GCCGAGUCCAAACAGAGUUCUGAUACGAAACAGCCUUCUAAAGAAUCUCAACUGCAAUAUGUAUAAUCAAACCUACGACGAUGAAACGCCUAUACCCCUAAUCGCAAACUACAAUGUAGUCAAAGAAAACCAAGAAGAUAAUAAUAGAGAGACUGAAGAUCGGGUUAUUCUAGAAAUAGGGAAAGCUGAUGAUAAGCCGAAGGAAGAAUUGACGUUCAGCCAUAAGAAGUAUGAUAAAACGACGUCGCAUCACAGGUCCUAUGUGUUGGAGGAUUAUUCUGAGACGAGAAAGGUGACAUACUUUAGGCCGCAUGAAUUGGAGACUAGUCAAGAAGCACCACCACCGACCUAUGGGGUCAGCUACGCUCCCUAUAAAGAGUACGCUCCUCCCAAAGACUAUGCCUCAUCUCUCACCUCCCUGCCAGAUACGGCGCACUCUGAGUCCUCACUGGACUAUUCUCAUGAGGAUGUAAAACCCGAAGCAGACGAGAAACACUGGAAGGAACGUGCGCUUCAGCUUGAAAAAGAGUACAAAAAGACGGCGUGCGAUCGCGAGCGCACGCGCAUGCGCGACAUGAACCGCGCGUUCGACCUGCUGCGGUCCAAGUUGCCCGUCACCAAGCCCACCAAGAAGAAGUACUCCAAGAUCGAGUGUCUCAGGAUAGCGAUUUGCUACAUCCGCCAUUUGGAGGUCAUGCUAGCAGACGGCGCCGACGCCGGCGCAGAGGACAGUACCUACUUAGAAUUGAAUGCUGACGCGCGACGGCGGCAUAGGUUCUGA